AUGUCGGCUGCAAUCAAGGGUAUGGCCGGUUCUUACAAUUCAAAUUCACGUUUACAAAUGCGUACAGUUGAAUCUUCAUUGCCAUUCAUUCAACAAGCUAUUGAUGUUCUUGAUCUUUCUUGUCUUUCAUCGAUGCAAUCACUCAUUAUUGCUGAUUUUGGUUCAUCACAUGGUUUAAAUUCUAUGUAUGCUGUGAAAGCUAUUAUUACUUAUAUAAAAACAUCUAGAAAUGAACAAAGAUCAUUUCUCAUAAUUCAUAAUGAUUUACCAACAAAUAACUGGACAAUACUUUUUGAUCUAGUCAAUAA